UGCUGGAGGUUCACCUCUGCUCUGACUGGCGCAUGCCCACAGCCUCGCCCCUCCUCUCCAUACGGUCCCCAUGGUAACGCACGGAGGAGAGCAGCUUAGCAACACGGAGAAGGAGAGGGAGCAUCUCUGGUCCAGACAGCGCGGUGCCAUCAAUAUUAGGCUACACACGGGGGGGCGUCAAGAGGAAAACAGCAUCGAAUCUGGCAAACAUCUUCUGUGCUCAUAAUGAAGUUCGUGGUGGUGCUUGUGGGAGCGGGCACCCUGGCCUUCCUCGGCGCGGUCAUCUGCAUCAUCGCCAGUGUUUAUCCCCGGAAACGCGCCGUGCCCAUCAGCGACAACGGCACCCUGACAUCGGAGACGCUGCUCCAGCCCCUGGAGCCCGGAUCGGUGGCUCAUGCCGGGCCGCUGGGCGCUCUACACGGCGCCGAGUCUUACGGUGGAGGGGACGGGCUCGGCGGCAUCGGCCUGGAGGUCCCCACUCUGAACGAGCUGAACCUCGGGGAGGAGACAGGCGGUGGGUCCGCGAAACAGUUCAGCUUCAGUCGGUUGAUCUGCACACCUGUACCGGUCGGAGAAUGCAAGACCAAAGAUCUAAGGCAGCGGCGACAACAGCAGCAAGCGGACGACCCGCUGUACGGAGCCGGGGAUGAAGACUGGACGUAUCUCCGGACCACCGCGGAGGAGCUUCGGCAGACUGUCUUGCAGCAGAACGACCAGAUCCUCAUGGACCAUAGGACCAUCCGGGAGUUGACGGGGAAGCUGAGUGAGUGUGAGAGCGGCCUGGAGGACGAGAAGAACGUCCCGGAGCGGAGCAUCGGGGUCUGGAGCGGCAAUCGCCGCGUCAUGGCCGGGGAUGAUGUCAGUUCUUCCGCCGCGGCGCAGCUGCAGACGGCGCGUGCCGUGGAGGAGCUUGCCAGGGCCAUCAUGGAUCUGAAGGACCGCAUUGAGAAACUCGAGGCAGAGAUAGGCCCUGCUGCCUUGAACCUUACUGACACACCUGUGGGUCCAAGUACCAGCAGCGGCAACAGUGGCAGCAACAGCCCGGCUGGUAAUACCGGCAAGGCUCCAGCUACUCCCACCGGCAGUGCUUCCUCCCCACCUGCAGCGGCUCCCCCAGGGGGUCGCCGUCCUGCCUCCCCGGCUUCCCCUGCCCCCAAGCCUCCAAUCAAGAGCUCCCCUGGGCGCGGAAAGGGCACCUGGAGGGUGGAGGACCUGGAGGGGGAGCUCGAGAGGAAGAUUAAGAUGUUGGAGAGGGAGCGUCAGGCCAUGCGGAAGGAGACACAGGGCCAACACGAGAAGAUCAACGAGGGAAUCGACACCGUCAGCCACCGGGUCACUGAGCUGGAACACACGCUGACAGAGCCGUCGUUCCCUGAUGGCUUCGUCCUCUCCUUCCCCAUGCGAACCAACUAUAUGUAUGGCCUGGUGAGAAAAGAGAUAACUGAGAUGUAUGCCUUCACUGCCUGUGUCUGGCUGAAGGCCAAAGAAGGGGGCAUCGGGACCCCUUUCUCCUACUCAGUCCCUGGGCAGCCUAACGAGUUGGUUCUGCUACAGGGAGUCCACAACCCUGUGGAGCUGCUAAUCAAUGACAAGGUGGCGCAGCUGCCUCUGUCCCUACCACAGGACGAGUGGCAGCACAUCUGUGUUAGCUGGACCCUGAGGGACGGGGUGUGGAAGGCCUACCAAGGGGGGAAGAUGAAGGGGAGGGGAGAAGGACUGGCUGCCUGGCAUCCCAUCAAACCAGGAGGAGUCCUCAUACUGGGACAGGAGCAGGACACAUUGGGCGGGCGUUUUGAUGCCUCCCAGGCCCUGGUCGGGGAGCUCUCCCAGUUCAAUUUGUGGGAUCGAGUGUUGAAGCCGGCAGAGGUGGCCGCUCUGGCCGACUGCAACUCCUCGGCCCUGGGCAACAUCGCCCCUUGGACCGACCACGACGUAGAUGUCUAUGGCGGUGCCACCAAGGAGUCCCUGGACCCGUGCCACGCUGCCCAGAGAUCCAACCCCUCCAGCCCCAAACAGUGAAGUGUGACUGGGAGAAAUCAGCCAAGGAUGGCUGUGUUUGAUAGGUCGAUUUAGGAGACGAUUUAGGAGGUGUGUAACAAUGUAUCACAUUGGGGUUUACAGUAUAUUUGUUAGGGAUGGGAAGCUUUCUGGUGGACUGAAAUAUGUGAUGGAGCUAUUAAACCGUUAAGAGCUGUG